UUACUGUAUCAGGGUAUUAUUAUUACGAGACUCGGAGGAGACAGUUGGUGUUUUCGGCCGUUCCAAUUACGCCACGUUUGACACUGAAAGUACCGUUCAUAAUCCCCAAGCGUUGUGAUGUCGCUACUCGACUGGUCCAAGGUACAGCAUCGGGCACCAGUCGCUGAUAUGCACAACACGGGCCUCACGGCACGUCCCAGCAUCGUAUCCCGCCAAAUGCAGCGGCGAAGGAGCGUAAUUGGAGGCCCCUCCUCGACGCUAACGACAUCGUCGCAUAUCUCACCAAGUCGGCACUCCAUGCAAGCGGAUCAUUACUUGUCACGCCCGUCAGAAGCGUCCUUCCCCCAGUCUCCGCCGCGUCCCGACUAUGAAAUAGUGUGGGAUACAUCGUCCCUGGGGAUUGCGUUCCGUUGCAACUCGAAAAACCUCGCGGUCAUCCGUCGCAUCGAGCAGCACGCGGCGGCCCAAGUGAUCCAACUUGCCCGCGUCGGCGAUGUCCUUCUGGCCACCAACGGUGAGCCGAGCUUCAAUUUCGACGCGACAAUGGACCGCCUUCGUGCGCUGGACUACCCGAUCGUGCUCACGUUCGGGUCGUCGUCGCGGUCAGUAGUUGCCCCUCCCGCGCGCUCCGUUGAAGGUAGUACCUUGUCCGAGCACGCCCUUCCCCAACAAAACCCACGUCGAUUCAGUGCCGCGCCGUCGCUCGUGUCUACAGACAUGAACGAGUCCAUUGCGAGCAGAGACCUGGACGACCCGAACAACGUCCAUCACAUGGUCUUCUCCAUCGAGUGGCAGGAAGGGCUCAAGUUGGGCGUGAGCAUAAUCAAGCUAGGUAACAUCCCCGUCGUGAAGGAGCGCACUGUACCCGCCGCCAUGGCGCCCCCAUCGCUCGCGCAGAUCCAAGCGCUUGACCAGCUCGUGUCCAUCCAAGGUCACCGCACCAUCGACUUGGGCUACCAGGCGUCGAUCGUGCUCUUGCGGGAUGCGAAAAAGCCCGUGCUUCUUGAAUUCCGACGGAAACUCCCGCCUGCCGCCUCGCGUCGGGGGUUGGACCCCCCCCUGACCCCCACAGUGAGCAGCCGCGAGUCGGACUACUCGCUCGUGUGGGAAUCCGGUCCCCUGGGGCUCACCCUCAAGAAGGACAAUGCCCGUCGGACCAUGGUAGUCUCGCGCGUGAAUGGCGACGAUGGACUCGCCGCGCGAUGCAAGCUCAUCUCUGUCGGCGACCGCCUCGUGUCCGUGUCCAACGUCAACGUGCAUGAACUCGGCCUCCGCGGCACGAUGGAGUUCCUCAAAGCGGUGCCCAAACCCGCCACGCUCGUGUUCCACCGCCCGGCUGCCGACGACGUCGAGGCGAGCGCCAGCAGCAUGCGCACGUCGUCCGUGGCCAGCAGCGACGAGGUGUUGUGUGUGAGCUGCUCUCCGACCAAACCGUUCGGGACCGCCGUGGACGAGGCGACGGCCGAAGAAACAGAGUCCGACGCCCCCGAAGCCGACGACCACGUCGCGCCUCUUGCCCCCCACGAACCGUUGAUGUUAUCGUCAUCGGAUUCGUCAAAGGAGCUCGUCCCGCGGUCCACCAUGUCCACAGACUCGGGUCUGGACGACUCGGGGUUGUCGGCGACGCGGUUGCACGCCGCGCCGGCAUCAAGCGAUCUGUCGGCGGGUCCGCCCAUGCUUGAGAUCGUCUGGGAGUCGGGACCGCUGGGCAUGACGCUGAAGCAGAGUGGAUCGAGUGUAGUCGUGAGUCGCCUCACGGGCAAAGGAGAGGCGGAGAACCUCCGCGUCCUUCAGAUGGGCGACAUCUUGGUCGGAGUGAACAACAUGGACACGUCGUCCCUCGACUUGGAAGGGGCCACGACGCUGUUGAAGUCGCUCGUCAAGCCCGCGCGACUGCGAUUCAUCCUCCAAAAGACCGAGGCGGAUCUUUAACCGUCGUGAAUAAUUUAUGUAUUUCAACCAAUCAACAGGAAGAUUGUAAAAUUAUGAAGGAUGAUUGGACG